AUGCAGUUGUCACUCGCUGUUCUGGCCGCGGCGGUCACGCAGGCCGCCGUCAGCACAGCUUCAAGGCUCACGCCCCCGGUUCUGCCGUUGACCGUGCGGAAUCCCUACCUAAGUACCUGGCUAGGCGAUGCUCGCGACGCACCCUGGUCUAAAUGGCCCAUGUUCUAUACCGGAGAAGAGAUUGGCCUGUCCUUGAUGGCCCAGGUGCCGAGUCAGGGAUCCGUAUACCCUCUCUUCGGCAAGCCGCAGGAUUCCUUGGGCUCGGAUGGGGGGUAUCAAAUUAAAUACCCCGUUUAUCUUGGAAAUAAUUACGACGCCUCAACAACCAAUUUUACCUAUCGCAUUGACACCGAUGACUCCAAACCUCUUGAAAUCACAGUCUCAUUCCUCUCGCCCAUCACACCGACAUCGACUCUGCGGCAGUCUAUCCCGGCAUCAUAUAUUACUAUUGAUGUACGAGGCGAGAUCGAUGUCAACGUUUAUAUGGAUGUGGACGGACGCUGGUUGAGCGGAGACACAGGAAGCCAACUUAAAUGGGAGUGGGAUACCUUAAAUGUCGGAGACAACAAAAACAAGAAGCCAGGUCUUCAGCGGUGGCAGGUUCGCCGAACGACACAGCUUCUAUUCACUGAGAUCCGCGAUCGUGGUGAAUGGGGCACUCUCCACUUCACCGGACCUGCCAGUGCCCGCUACGAAUCCGGAGAGGCCGACAAGGUGAGGCAAAACUUUGCCAGCUCUGGAGGUUUGCGAAACAAGAAUGAUGGUCAGUGGCGAGCUAUUCGUGAUCGCACACCAGUCUUUGCGUUCUCCAAGUUCUUCAAUCUCAGCCGACCAGUCGAGUCGGGUUCCGUCAGCGUCACGUUCACCCUCGGUCUUGUACAAACUCCCGUUGUUCAGUAUGCAUCUGCUCGCGGGCUCACCAUGAUGCGCCCUCUUUGGGAGUCAUGGUUCCCCACUACCGAGGAGCUUCUCACAUUCCACUACAAUGACUACGCUGCGGCCAGCGCCCUGGCAUCCAACUACUCCCAGCAAUUGGCCGAGGAUGCGUACCUUUCGGGAGCCGACGACUAUGUCGACAUCGUUGCUCUUAGUGCACGCCAGGUAAUGGGCGCUACCACGUUCUCUGGUACUCCGGACAACCCUAUCCUGUUCCUCAAGGAGAUCUCUUCCAAUGGUAACUUCCAAACCAUUGAUGUGAUCUUCCCAGCUUUCCCCUUCUUCUUAUACACCAACCCGCGUUGGCUGGCAUAUUUGCUGGAGCCGCUGAUUGAACAUAUGCUAAGCGGACAAUAUCCCAACACGUACGCGAUGCAUGACCUAGGCACCCACUUCCCCAAUGCUACUGGUCACCCCGACGGCAACGACGAGUAUAUGCCGGUAGAGGAGUGCGGUAACAUCCUGAUCAUGGGUCUGGCUAUUGCCAAUUCGCUUCAAUACAAGUAUUCAUCCGAAGCUUCUUCCAUCUGGUCUACUGAGGGAUCGAGCUCCUCGACAUUCUCCAGCGAGUCAUCUGGACUCUUCCCACUUGACAACCUGCAGGUUCUGUCAGGAAUCGCUCACCAGGAUGGCAAAUGGGGUGGCGGUCUAGAGGGAAAGCACCUUGCCGAGAAGUGGGUGAAGCGAAGCUACCGUCUCUGGAAACAAUGGACUGGAUAUCUGGUCGAAUUCUCCCUGGAGCCGGCUAAUCAACUCUCUACGGACGACUUCGCCGGUUGGUUGGCCUUGCAAACCAACCUUGCCUUGAAGGGUAUCGUCGGCAUCAAUGCUAUGAGCAAGCUGGCCGAGUUGACUGGCCACGACUCUGACGCCUCGUACUUCAAAGACAUUGCCGAGAAGUACAUCGCGAAAUGGGAAGAAUUCGCCAUGUCCCGGGACGGCACGCACGCCAAACUUGCCUACGACUGGUACGGUUCCUGGACCACAAUCUACAACCUAUACGCCGACGCACAGCUCUGCUUCCACCUAGAAGGCACCGCCUCAUCCAACAAGACCAAGUCACCCGGCUUCGUUCCCCGGCACAUUUACCAGAAAGAGUCCGUGUGGUACCACUACGUGCGCCAGAAAUUCGGCCUUCCCCUCGACAGCCGGCACCUGUACACCAAGACAGACUGGGAGUUCUUCUCGAUGGCCGUGGCAUCCAAGCCCGUCCGCGCUGAGAUCCUCGAGUCCGUUGCACGCUGGGUCAAUGAGACGGUGACGGACCGCCCGUUCACGGAUCUGCAUAACACCGAGGGCGAUGGAAACUUCCCCGGUCCCAACUUCUUUGCGCGCCCUGUUAUCGGCGGCCACUUUGCUUUCUUGGCGCUGGAGCGGGCGUGUGGUGGUCGUGCUAUGAAGGGAUUGUCCUUCUUGGAUGAUGUUGACGAAGAGACCGUCCAGGCUUGGGCUCAUAGUGCCCAGGUUGCGGCGGAGGAGUUUACUCAUCCGUCUAGGAACCAUCACGGUGAUGGAGAGCUUUAA